AUGUCGUUAGAGUUUCGCGUAGCAGAAUUAGAAAAUACUCUACUGAAAGCUUCUACUGCUGUUUUAGAGGAACGUAUCAAAGAGCUGGAAGCGGAGUUGCGACUGUCGAAAGAUAAUGUUCUACUGAAAGCUUCUACUACUGUUUUAGAGGAGCGUAUUAGAGAGCUGGAGACGGAGUUGCAACAGUCUAAAGAAACAAAUCAGAAAUUACGAGCUGACAUAACAAAGUUAGAAAAGACUAUUUCUUCUUCACCACCUCCCUCUCCUGCCACUACUACCACAGCUAAUACAUCCACAUCUAAUACUCCCACAUCUAAUACUCCCACAUCUAAUUCGUCGGAUUCGUCGUCGCCGCCACCGACGCCUUCAGCUGUCGAUCAGCAAAAGGCCACUGAUACAAUAGUGGGAAAGAAGGCAAAUAAUAAUGAGAGUUCAAGUAAUGGUUUAAUAGUGGAAAGUUCAUCAUUAAAGAAAUCUAAUGAUAAAAUGAAAAAUGAUUGUAUUCGAGCGAUAAAUUUAAAAAUUCCAACAAAUUCGCGAUUACCCAAAAAUCCAUUUAUGCGACGUCAAGAAUCUAAAUCUAAUAUCAAAUUACCAUCACCAGCUCCAAGUUCAACUAACACGAUGACUAGUAGUACGUUGUCAUCAUCAACACCAUCGAAAAUGCCAAUGAGACCGAGAACACCAAGUUGUACUUCUCUCACAUCAUCACUUCCUUCUAGGCCAGGAACUCCAUCAGGUUCCUCGUCGACUCAGAACUCAAUUUCAAUCGGUCAUCCGACAAAAGCAAUGUCAUUAACGCUUAGAUCAACGACAUCCGCAGCGAUAGCGGUAAAUUCAAGACCAGCAACACCAGUAUCACUAAGCUCACCUAAUAUUGAAGAAAAUGCAUCAACACAUAUUCCCACACCAAGAACAUUUUCAUUCUCUUCAAUCUCUUCUCGAUCGGGACCCAGAUCAGGUACCCCGACAGGUGUACUUAUUAAUGCACAUCAUUCAUCUCCACCUUCAUCGCCACCUUCAUCGUCAACAUCAUCAAAUUUUGGUCUUCCUAUCACACAAGAACCAACAAACUUUACAGCAAGAAAGCCUUUAAUUCCCUCAUUAAAAUCUCGAGCUUCAAACUACAAUCUGAAUGCUUCAAGGACAACUACCAUAUUCACUUAUUCAUCGUGA